ACAACAACAACACAUCUAGUGUUUAAAAGUUAACCUACAGAACUUUAAUAAAUGGAUGCCAGUUAGUCCUUUAAUAGCAACCUGAAGUUCUUGUUCUAGCUUAACAUCUUUUGUAAACAGUUUAUGGCGGCAGCAGCCUGGUUUUACAGGCUUAAGCAAAUCAUUAGGAGCCCUGUUUUAACUUGUUGCAGGAAUAUGUCGUCCCAAAAGACAAUCAAGAACUUUUUUAAGCCAUCCGUGAAGAGGACCAGUGAAGAUAAUCAGAAUAAUGAUAUCGCUAAAAAAGUAAAGGCCAGUGAGGAAAAAAAUUCAUCUUGUGAUCUCGCCAGAACUCCCCCAAAAUGCCCUGAUCAAGAUACCCAGCUCAGCCUGACUCCAGAGCAGAGACAACGUAUGAAUCAAAAUAAGCUGAAGGCAGAAAUAAAGAGACAGAGUAGAACUACACCAGCUCUUCAUGAAAACAUUGGUACCUCCUGGUUUCUUGCCUUGAAAUCCCAGUUUUCAAUGCCUUACUUUGAAAAGCUGAGCAAAUUUUUGGUCCAAGAACGCAGCAAAGCAACAGUUUACCCACCAGACGACCAAGUAUUUUCAUGGACUCAUCAUUGCAGCUUACAGGAUAUCAAAGUGGUUAUCCUAGGACAAGAUCCAUACCAUGGGCCACGACAAGCACAUGGUCUCUGCUUCAGUGUUCAGAUGGGUGUUCCUCCACCACCAAGUUUGCUGAACAUGUAUAAGGAACUGGAGUCUGAUAUACCAGGAUUUGAGCGUCCUUCGCAUGGAUAUUUGCUUGGCUGGGCAAAGCAAGGUGUCCUGCUGUUAAAUGCAUGUCUGACUGUACAAGCCCACAAAGCUAACUCACACAAAGACCAGGGCUGGGAGAAGUUCACAGACUGUGUCAUCAAAACAAUAUCAGAUUGCAACAGAGGUGUUGUUUUCCUGUUGUGGGGUUCAUAUGCACAGAAAAAAGCUUCUGUUGUUGAUAAGAAGAAACACCAUCUACUCAAUGCUCCACAUCCUUCACCACUCUCGGCACACCGAGGAUUCCUGGGAUGCAAGCACUUCUCCAAAUGUAACGAGCUCCUUAAAAAUGGUGGUAAGAAGCCAAUUGAUUGGUCAUACUUGCCAACAGAAAUUUAAAUUGCCAGCUAACUUUACUUGGAAAAAUUAUGCCUUUUGCUUUAGUGCUAAUGUACUUUCAUCUUUAAAAAUGUGUUAAAAAAUUCUCAUUUAAACAAUAUUAAACAGUGUGUGGUUAUGGAACUCACCUGUGGCUUCUACUGUUUUAUUUAGUGUGAAAAGUUCUUAUAAAUUUUAAUAAUUAAUAUUUUCUUGUUAAACUGCUCCUUGUAAGAGAAGUGAAGACUCAUGAUAUAACUGCAUGCUUUUUACCUGCUGUUAAGUCUGAUAAGUACUUGACAUAUAUUUGUAUUCAGUUCUACAAUGAAGAUAAAUUGAUUGGAAAAGCAUACUUUCUAAUGUCUACCUCCGUUGGUUCCUAAACAUGCUUCUUAUUCAUUACUGCCAUUAUGUUGUGACCAACUAAUUUUCCCAGGCACACACAAUUAAAACUCAGUGAUAACAAAGUUUUAUGUUCAAUUAAAAGUAAAUUUAGAUGUCCGUCCAAGAACAAAGGGGUAACCGUACUAUAACACAUCGAUUCAUUUGAAAAUUAUGCUUCAACAAAACCCUGCUGUUUUAAUAAUACAGAUUUAAGCACUGAAGACAAAUUUAUGUGGCUACCUUCCUGCAUUUGGUAGAUGCUUUAUCUACUAACAAGAAAGGGGUCCAGACACCCCACCACUUUAACACAGCUGCUGAUGUUCAGCAUCAAAAUUCAUUUACAUCGUAAAAUUAGAGAAAUUGUUGAAUUUAAAAAGAGAAACCUUUGUUUUUCUUUUAAGGUCACCCUGCCUUGGUGGGAUACAGCUGGUGUGUUAAAAAAAAAAAUUAGGGAAAAGAAUUCAUUAUACAGUGACACUCGAGAACCUCAUAAUUCAUAAACUGCCAUAGAAAAUGUUAGCAUAUCAAAUAGGGACCAUUUAAUAUUAAUUUUUUUCAGAUUUCACAAUCUUUUUUGUGUUUGUACCAUUCCUAAAGUUAGCAUUAACACAGAUAUUUUAAGGACUGGUUUGAAUAGUUGAUUGACGUUUUACUUGCCAGAAAUAUUCCAAGGAAUUAAACAAAUUCUCAUCUAUUAUUUCAUUUAUUAUUUCAGUGUGAUUGUGAAAUCUGGCAGAAAUGUUUAAAAAUCAUUCCAGUGCUAUUGAAGCUAACUUUGUUUUUAAAUACUACUCUAGCUAGAUUUGUGUUAAAAAAACUCAGGAAAUUUUAUUUAUGUCCUAAUGUGAAAAUGCUUUUAGUUACAGCAUAUGAAUUUGUUUCUCUAUGAUAUUCCAAAAAGUAUUUACUUUAAAGUUAAAGUGCUGUUUGUAUUUACAGAUACAACAGAUGUAAAAUACUUAAUUCAGGCAAUUUUAUAUUUCUUCAUAAUACAAUUUGCACUCAUGAAAAAGUAUCUGGUUGCGUGUCUUAUUGGAGUUACCUAUGUUGAAGAAUUUUCAGCUUUCCUCUGAAUUGUCAUUAAAUUUCCUUUAUCCUGUUGAAAUAAAGAUGCUGAUUGUUAAUUUACUGGGUUCUGCUUUUGUCAGAAGAAUAUCAAUGGUUCUGUUAAUGUUUUCAUUGAUAAGCAUAUAAAGUUAUGUACAUUUUAAGAAUUCACUUAUUUGAUCACAAAUGUUAUUGGUCAUAUUGUUAUUUUUGUGUAGGUUUGAUUAACUUUACCAUUGAUAAUUGUAAAUUGUAAAAUUGCUUUAUGUAAAAAAAAAAAUUGCAUUUUUCCAUUUGAUAUCAGUGGAAACGUUGAAUAUUUUUAUCAGGUUCAUUAUUAAGCUAUAUAACUGGCAUGGAGUAGCAUCUGUCAAGUGAAAAAACAGUUACUACUUUUUUUACUGUUUUAGUGGAAUUUCAUAUGUAACCAUGGUCAGUACUCUUAUGCUAAUCCUUAUGUGUCUUUUUCCAGUACUCUACAACCGUCUUUGUUUUAACGUUUAAUGAAAUAAACAUUCAAUAAAUUUUAUA